AUGUCCAGAUACCCGAUAGUUGUGCAGGGGGAAGCCUCUGAGACGGAUUCAGAUGAUGAAGUGUACAUCACAUCUCUGCCUCCUCCCCAAACCACUGCGGGAGCCAAGGUUCCAGGGGAGGCAUCAGAGACAGACAGUGAGGGCGAGAAGGAGCAGCCACACCAGGGGGCAGCAGUGAGCCAUGAGUGUGCUCAGAUCUUCAAGAGGGACCUGCCUCCUCUUAUAGUUGUAAGAGACCACCCCGAUAUUCAGUCAGUGGUGGAAGACAGACCCAGCCCCACACACCAACAACACGGCGACACGCUGCUGCAACAGAAACUGCAGGAGUCCAACCAUCAUUUGUUCACUGAUGUGAGUCAAACCCUCCGUCACGUGUAUGGAAGUGCCAGCCGGGAGAUUCGUACUGCCACAACCCAGCUCAAUUCGUCCCAAAGCGCCAUCAUCAACGCGUCCCACAGCAUCCGCCUGAUUCUGGACGACCUCAAGGCCGUGUCGGAGAAAAUUGACAUCAUCACCAGCUGCCAAAUCCUGCCUGACAUCCACAUGACUCAAACAGAGAAUGCAAGGUCCCCUAUAACUUGA